AUGCCACCCCUCAUCCACCGCGCCCUACCCUCCACCCUCCCUCCCUCCUCCCUGCUCGAACUCUUCCGGCGCAAAAUCGGCGGCGGCCGCGGAGGCGGAGGAGGCGGUAGCAUCGGCGGCGGCGGCGGCGGUGGUGGAGGCGACGGAAGCGGACUCUCAGAAGGCGCCAUCAUUGCGCUGGUCGUUGGGCUGACGGUGGGGACGGCGGUGCUGGCGCUGCUGUUUUAUUGGUGUUAUAAGCGGGAGACGGAUGUGGAGAAGAAGAGGAGGUCGUAUAUUUAA